GGGGACGACAAGAAGUCCAAGGAUGCCAUUCCCGAAUGGGACGGCAACCCAGGGCGUUGGCGUCACUUCGAGACGGCUGUGAAGUGGUUCCCUCGCACGCUCAAGCGACAAGAGAGGGACCUGGCGGCGAACCGGAUCAUUGGACGCAUGCUGCAGAGUAAGACGAUCGCCAUCAGGACGUUUGCGACCACUCUGGAUCCGGACCGAUAUGAGAAUCCGAAUGGCCACCUCCUCCUCCUAGACGACCUGAGGAGCAGCCCGCUUGGGAAGCUUCCGAUUCCGGACGCAGCCCACAAGAUCAAGCAUUACUACAAGGAUUUCAAGCGGCGCAAGGGCGAGACGGUGGGCGCGCUCCUGAUCAGAGAGCAGGACUGCUACUCAGAGAUGGUCCAGGCGCUGGAGCGCCUCCUGGAGGAGAUGGGCGACAACGACAAGUACAAGCAGUGCCAGGAGUGCUACGGCUACUUCGAGAGAGACCGUGGCGCAGCUGGACGCGGACAAUGGUACUGCCAGAGGUGCUGGGACCACUGGGAGCCCAGCCCCGACGCGUCGGCGCCCUCAGCAGCAGAUGAUGCCCCCGCUGAGGAAGCAGAAGAAGCAGAUGAGUACGAACGACAGUCGAUCACGUCUCGUUCGCAGGGCUCUCGAACGGAACGUUUUCACCGACAAGAAUCCAUGGCUAGCAAGCUCAAGGUUUCGGAAGCGAUGGCAGUGGGCUCUACGUUUUUCGGCCACGCUUCUGGAGUUCUGAAGGUCCUCCGCGGAUUCUUCCUGCUCGAGGCAAUGGACUUCACCGAGAAAGAGAAGCAGGACGUCCGCGUGGUCACGCAGAAUCGUUUGGAUUUCGAUGCAGUCUCCAAGGCUUUGAAGGAGAGAUGGGAGGACAAGGCGCUGGUGCAGCGAGACUUCGGACCGAGGGCUAUGCCUCGGUACGGCCCGGAGUCAGGCCCUCAGUCGGCCCUCGUUGCAGAGUUUGAUGACGUACACGGACCAGACUGGUACGACGGCUACGCAGCGGCAGUUCAGGCGUGGGAGAACGACGGUUACGACCACCACGAGAACGAGGACGACUACGACGUCGUGGAGGAGCCGCAGCUCGCCUCAGAGCCAGAGGAGUCCGAGGCCAUGGAUGAGGAUCUCAACCAUCUCAACGAGGAGCUCGAGGCGGCCCAGGCGAUGGCAGCAGAGGCUUCACGUACUCUGGUUCAAGCCAGGCAAGCAGUGGCCGCCGCUCACAAAGAUCGAGGCCCGAAGGGCAGCAAGGGCGGCAAGAGCGGCAAGGGCAGCAGGUACCGCGACAGAGACCACGACCAGAAGGGCAAGAAUGCGAACUACCUGGAGUUCCACACGAUCACGCACGGGUUUGACGAGCUCCAGGGUCUGUACCAGGCGGAGCUGAACGACAGCGGCCUCGCCCCCUCUGAGGCCAUGGUUGAUUGCGGGGCUUCCGCGUCCGCCGGAGGCGAGCGCGCAGUCCAGGCCCUGGUGGCCGCCGUUGCGGCUGCGAACCCACAGGCCAGGAUCGAGAUCAACAAAAAUGAAAGACCGCGGUUUCGUUUCGGAGACAAUAAGUGGGGCAGGGCACUGUAUAAGGUUUCGGUCGAGUUCGAGCCGGGCUUCGUUCUGGGUAUUUUCGCUCUCAGUCCUGGCGUGCCUCUCGUUCUGUUGGGAAUGACCGCUCUGGAGUCGUGGCCGGCAAUCGUGAAUUUCCGAACCGGGGAGGCUGUGAUCAGGGGUCAACUGGUGCAGCUUCGCAAGACUACAGGCAAGGGCCAUUGCAUCCUCGACCUGGUGAAGCACGGCGUUUCAGAGAUGGUCUAUGACAAAGACCACAUCACCACCAUCAACAUCAUCUCAGACAAGAACGACAUCACCAGCAUCAUCUCAGACAAGAACGACAUGAUCAGCAUCAUCUCGGACAAGAACGACUUUAUCAGCACCAUCUCAAACAAGAACGACAUCACCAGCAUCAUCUCAGACAAGAACGACAUUAUCAGCAUCAUCUCGGACAAGAACGACUUUAUCAGCACCAUCUCAAACAAGAACGACAUUAUCAGCAUCAUCUCAGAUGAGAACGACACCAUCAUCAGUAUAUACGGCCCUGACGACAACACCAUCAUUGAUAACAGCAACAUCACCUCCAUCAACCAUAACAGGAAGAGCAGCUCCAUCAUGGGCAAGGACGAAUGGGUACCUGUCGACAUAGAUGCCGACAAGAAGGAGGAGGGCCCGGAGGUAAAGUCACCUUCGGCGGCAGCGAGCUCCGGACCUACGACCCAGGUCAAGCGGGAGUUCGUCUUCAACGGCCAGAAGAUGGAGCAUGUCACCUCGGAGGGCAAGGUCAAGGAGAGAGAUCCGGGCAACGCGCACCAGGGUCGCAAGAAGGAGAAGCAGAUGGAGCUGGACCCGGCGUUCGCACUGCAGGUGGACCCGAGGACCACACGGGGACCGUGCGGGCAGACGCAUCGCAAGUACUUCACGGUCAACAACCAGUGGGGCCAGACCAGGACGUGCUAUCGGUGCGGGCUGAGGUUGCUCUACGUUCCGACGGCGAAGGCACCGAUGACGAACCUCAGCAUGCAGCAUCCGAAGUUGGUGGAGUCCGGCCUGGAGCUGGUGCGGCACUGCAACCUGUGGGAGACGGCUAAUCACGAGCAGGUGACCGCGAUGAUCAACAUCGCCACCUCACUUCGGAGGCUCCCCGGGACCGAGAUCCGACACGCGCCGGACGCGCUGCUGGAGAUGCUGGGGGCAGCGAAUCCCAGGACACUACUCGCAGGACUGGCUUUGGCCAUGACCGUGGGUACGAUCACCGAGGCAGUGGAGAUCUGCUGCCAUCCCAAUAGCAUGCUGACCGACGAGUGCACCAACAUCGGCCUCAGCAUGGAGCGGAUCAGCAUCGAGAACGGCUACAACCUCAGCACGAAGGCGGGGUUCGAGGCCGCUAGCAAGAAGCUGGACGAGGUGAUGCCGAAGAGGGCUUGGAUAUCGCUACCAUGCACACUAUGGACUUCGCUUACGAACUUCAAUUACAAGACACCAGAGGCACGUGUACGCCUCGAGAAAGACCGACUUCGAGACCGACGACGUGUGAAGUAUGGAGUUCUCCUGUUGCUAAAGAUUGUUGACAACGGAGGCGAUGUCUACUUCGAGUGGCCUCACAGGUGUCAAGGCUGGAAGAUUCCCGAGCUCAACUUUCUACGCGCGGAGUUGAGGCGUCGGGGACGACACGUCUUCGAGGAUCGGAUCGACGGGUGCGUGUACGGCCUCAGGGACUACAACACUAACGAGCUCGUCGAGAAGGGCUGGAGGAUCAUGACCACCGACCCGGAGUUCUCCAAGGUCGCGACCGUGUGUGACCACUCACACGGCCACCGAGUCAUCAGCGGGAAGCUACACACUGCAGCCACAGCCUACUACCCGCAGGCGAUGUGCAAGGCAAUUGCCCGGCUAUGGCAUGCUCAACUCCGGGCCCCGAUCGACCUCAACAUGGCCCUGGAGAACCCUGCUGUCCUCGACCUCGAGAAUGCCUACCUGAUGGAGCGGGACACCGGGAGCAUCUACGUCGCUGAGCCCACGGAUCCCGAAAGGGAACAGGUGCGGGCGAUGUUGAGCAGGAUCCACAAGGCUGCAGGGCACCCAGGGAACGAGCACUUGGCUUACUGGUGCAAGAAGCGACAGUGUCCACGCUGGAUCAUCGAAGAAGCGAUCAACCUACGCUGCGAGGCAUGCGACCUGGUCAAGCACGGCCUUACCCACAAGGUCAAGGCGAGCCUCGACAUCCCCAUGGCACCUUGGCAGGCAGCCGUCAUGGACGUUUCCGACCUGACGUUCCCGGACUUGAAUGUGAAGGCCAGGUUUCUUCUCAUCGCAGAGGUCGCCACCGGCCUGAUGUGUGGAGACAUCACUGCGAAGAUCGGCCUCAAAGACAAGGGCACGGAUUCGUCAGCUACGCUGUUCACGACGUUUGCCAGAGCCUACCUUCAACACUAUCCCAAGCCAAGGUGGGUUUUCGUCGAUCCUCAGCCAUCUUUUGUGGGCGGCGAGUUUAAGGACAACUGCCAGUUGGCCGGCAUCGGCGUCUCAGCGAAACCAGGAGGAGCACAUUGGAUGGCUGGUGACAUCGAGCGCCGCAUCUCGACCGUCAAGCAGGUAAUGAGGAAGCUUCGCCUACAAUGCCCGAAGCUGAGUCCCGAGACCGUGUUUUACAUCUCGAUUGCGGCGGCCAACAACAUGGACCCAAUCUUGGCACAUAACGCAGCUACUGGCAAGUUGAAGUUCGACUUCUUCGAGAUCGAGCGGGUACGAGCGGAUGCAGAGGCGACUUACCUGAAGGAGAAGGCGUCCAGGAAGAUCUCAGAGCUGAAGAACUCAGCCCCACGACCUCGACAUGAAUAUAAACGAGGCGACUGGGUCUGUGUCUGGCGGUCAUACGCUGCGACAGGGGAGCGAAAGCUUUCCGGGCAGGAUUUCUUCACGGACGGCCUCUUCAUCGGACCGGGCAGAGUUCUGUUCUCCGAGCCGGCGGUCCAGACAGGCAACAAGGACGGCGUGAUCUGGGUCAUCAUGGGCAACCGAUGCUGGCGCUGCGCAGCUGAGCAACUGCGGCCAGCCACGCAGUCGGAGAUCGUCCAGAUCAACCUGAAGAAGGACGACAUCCUCAACAGCCCGCUCGAGGACGUCUGGAGGCACCUCCAGGACUUUGACGACAUCGCCGGGAAGCCCUCCCAAACGGCAGAUGGCAUGAGGAUGCUACCACGUCAACCUCUUGAGGGCAUGCCGAGGGUGAUCGAGAAUCCCGAUGUGGCCGUGGAACCCCACGACGUCACGGAGGCAGAUGACGACCUGGAGGUCGACGAGGCGGCGAGCGACCAUGUGGAAGCCAGCGAGACCGACAUCAUCAACUUCGUGCAAUUUCCGAAUAACGAGGCCGAGAUGGACCUGAUGAAGAUUGAGAUCGAGACGGACCUUGAGGAGUUCUGCUUCGAUGCGAGCGCGUACCUGGAGAAGCAGCUGAACCGAGUGGCCAACAACACGGUCAAGAAGGGUGUGGAGGUUUCGUUUGGCCGCCUGAGCCCCGAGGAGAAGCCACUGUUUCAAGAGGCAAUGGCACGGGAGCUGGCGGAACAUCUAGAAGUACCGACCGUCCGGGCUGCAUCGGCUUACGCUGACUACAAUCAUGGAAAAGACAUUCCAGCGGACAAGCUGAUCAAGAUGAGGUGGCUACUGACCUGGAAGCCUUUGACACCACCUGAACCACCGGACAAGUCGGACCCACACCCCGUGAGCACGCCGGACGGGAAGUUCAAGGCGAAGGCCCGUAUCAUUCUGUUGGGCUUCUCACAUCCAGACCUUGUCAGUCGCGACAAGUUUGGAGAUCGGGUGCUUCCCACGGCGUCACCAACCAUUUCAAGAAAAGGGAAGCUGGCACUCCUCCAGAUGGCUGCUUUCCACGGCUGGACCUUCGAGCUAGCCGACGCGAGGUCCGCCUCCCUGCAGGCCGGGCACACCGAGGAGUGGAGGAAGCUCUACACGAAGGGCGUGAAGGAGCUCCGGCAGGCCUUGCAGAUCAACGAGGAGGAGUCCAUGCGAGUCCUGGCAGCGAUCUACGGGAUCACGAAUGCGCCGUGGGUUUUCUGGAAGUAUGUGGACCACAAGAUCCACGAAGCAGGAGGCAAGAGCGUCCUCAUCGAGCCAUGCAUCUGGAUCAUUCAGGACCAGGACGGCACCGUGUGCGGGGUCAUCGGCUCGCACGUGGGCGACUUUGGCAUCGCAGGCGACAGCGACAACAAGUUCUACCUCGACAUGAAGAACAUGCUGAAGGAGAUGCUGCGGUGGUCUCCCUGGCGAAGCACGCCGUGCAUGUGGGCAGGCACGUGGAUCACUCAGGAGCCGUCGGGCAAGAUCCAUGCCAGCCAGGAGGAGUUCUGUCACCAGCUCCUCGAGAUCAGGGUUGAGUCCGGCAAGUAUCUCUCGAAGGAUGACAAGCUCAAGCCGGAGGACGUCACCCAGUUCAGGGCAGGCCUGAUGAAAUGUCAAUGGAGAGCGACACAGACAGCACCACAGUUCUCAUGUCGGGUGUCACUGUUGGCUCAACGGGUGAACGAGGCGACGUUCGGGGACCUGAAGGACACGAACGCCCUCAUACGCGAUGUGAAGCGGACCGCUCGUGACUCACUGGUGUCCCACAACUUCAAUGGCAACUGUGGCGGCAAGCUGAAGUGGGACGACCUAGUGAUCGUGACGUGGGUCGACGCAAGCAGACUACUACAACGAGGAGGCUACAUCGUGGCGUUCACCACGGCCGAGAUUCUCAAGCAGAAGGAAUGUGCAGUAUCGAUCGCCGACUGGAGAUCGUACAAGCUCAAGCGCACCGGCAUCGGCACCAACGGCUGCGAGGGCCAGGCUCUGUACGACGGCGAGAACGCCGCGUACCUGAUGCGCAUGCUGUGGUCAGUCAUGCACGGAGUUCCAGUCACCGCGCACACUCAGGAGGAGGUGGCGCAGUCCAUGACUUCGGUGCUGGUGAUCGACAGCCGAGGAGUUUAUGAUUCAGUUCACAACAAGGAGAGCUUCGGCAUAGGCCUGAGCGACGCGAGGACCGGCGUGGAGGUUUUGCAUGUGAAGGCGAACUGCGGGCCCGAGAAGAACCAGCACCUGGUUUGGGUACCCUCGGACCUCAACCUCACCGACGGCCUCACGAAGGACAGCCCCGAGGCAAG